GUCGCGUGCCUAGCGGUGCCGUCGGAUCGCAACACGCGGCCGACCAGGGGUGGUCGCUGACGGACGCCCUUGCGGAAAUGAUAUUCGCGCGCCCGGACGUGUACACUGCAUUGGCGCCGCGUAAGGCGAAGGCGAAGGCUACAUCAAAGAAGGAGGCUGCAUCGAAGGCUGCUGCUCCACCCGAUUUUGCCGCUCCCUCCCUUCCUACGGCCGAGGAGGCACUCCUUCGGGAAUCUCCGGACUUGGACGACCGGUUCGAAUCUGGCAAAUCUGUGUCGGCUGGUGUGCAUUCUCCGACACACCAGGCUGUAGCUCACCCUGAUAGUGAGCUGCUCUUGCCCGCUGCAUCGCUGGCUGUGCUUCCUGUGGCAUCCGGUCCAGUUUCCUUCAAUGCGCGGGACUGCCCCCACGAAGUCCUGCCGUCUCAGGGACUGCGUGUGGUCCUGGCUGCAUAUUACGUGCGCCGACGUGAAGAGGGCGUACACGGCAGGAGGCGGUCUCAUGUAGACCCACUUUUCCUCCUUGGCACCACGAUCUUGCCCGAUGAGCAACGCAGCAAAUAUAUCAAAGGUGCGCAUCGUGCAACCUUUCUGCAGUGCCGUGACCUCGAGCAAGGCGUGUGCUUCUGGCCUCAUCCGCACACCGGCGCGGGCAAGGCAGCCACAAGACCUUCGACCACCAGCUCCCGAGCCGGAGCCUCACGAUGGGGAUGCGGGCAGCGCCGCGAGCGCGGCCGCACCGCCUGUAGCGGCACCCCGCAGAACUACAAUGUGGGGAUUCUUCGGGCAAGGCGUCGCCGGCAACAGCCGGGACCACGCCUACCGCCAGUACCGCAGCAUAACUUCGGUGAACUGUACUACGCUCCCACACGACGCACGGUUCACCUCUACAGGAACUGUGUGGGACUGGCCUCAGUACGACCAAUGCCAAGCGACAUCAUCACCGAAAAUCUUUGCCUCACCUGCUGGGGCGGGAUGAUCAUAGGUCCGAAGAAGCUCGAUGCCAUGGAAUGCUUUGCGCGGCGCAAAUGGAGUAUCGCAGUCUUGGGCUGCUACACAGUUUUGGGCUUCGUGGGCUUUCUGGGCUCCUCGCUCCCUUCGCUUUCUGUCUGGCUUUUUUGGUGGGUCGGAGCCUGCUUCUCGGAGUCCCAGCGGCGCUGUGCCUUGAUGUCUUUCUCGGUGCCCACAGAGAUCGAGAUGCAUCACUUCGCGCUGAGGAGCCGCGAGGAGUUCGCGGAGAGGAGGGGCUGGGUCAUCCAGGCGGAUGGCCAUGACGUGGAGGUGGAGUUCCGGUUAAGGGAUGACAUCAACUCCGCCUGCGCGGCGCCGCAGCGCAUCCGGCGUUUCGUGCCGAGGUGCGGGGGGGAGAGAGGUCAAAGCGUGAGUGAUGAGGGGGUGACGGAGAAGGGAGGCAUAGAUGUUGCGAGAGGGUGGGAGACGGCACUGCCUUGGUCGGAGCGGAAGGCUUUGUACGAGAAGCCUCCAGGCUUCUCACGCAAGCACUUUCUGACGGCGGUGGCAGAGGUCAACUUGGUCACGCCGGAAGAUGUUUAUUUGCUCGAAUGGAUCGACUUCCAUUUGCUUGUCGGGUUUGACCACUUUGUGAUUUGA